AAGCUCAUGUGACUGGGCGAGCAUGUAUGUCAAUGGUGCCCAUGCUCAUUCAGUGGUGGACAGUGGACUAGUGUAAAGUGUUGGUGGCACGGACCAUCGGCCUGAUUGUAGGUUGUCGCUGUUCAAGAAACAUGACGUUGACGGGAAAGGGGUGGGGGCGGGGGCUCACCAGAGCCCAUGCUCAUCCUAACAUUGCUCUCGCUCUCCUCGGAUUCCGUCGAGGUUCAGCUAAGUUUUCUUGCCUCUCGAUCCUUGUUCUCAGCCCCUCGGAAGAGGCCAUGCUAGCACGAGGAGUCCUAUUACCAUCGUUUCAUCUAUUCCGAAAAACCACCUGCCCACGGCUAUCAUCCUAUCGGCAUCUUCCGUCCCCGCUAAGUUCCUUCGGUUACUUCCCCUCCCGAAAAGGUUCUCUCUCGCAUCGCACGACCUCUUCGAAAAGCGGUUGCUCUUCUAGGCUACCACUCUCUGCGGAAACCAGCGCACAAGUAGAUCAGUCACUCAUGUCUCUCUUCAGCACGAACCGACUACACGACAAGGUCGUCCUGAUAACAGGCGCAUCAGCGGGCAUUGGACGCGCGACGGCCGUUCUGUUCGCGCGCGCGGGUGCCAACGUCGUCCUGACCGCAAGAAGGACCGAAAAACUCGAUGAUGCAGUCAAGGAGUGCGAGGAAGCGAACAAGCAGGGCGCCAGCGGAAAGGGCGGCAAAUACGUUGCUGUGGAAUUGGAUGUGCAGAAGAGGAGCAACCUAGAUGCGCUCAUCGGCCAGCUACCCGAUUGGGCCAAGCAGGUGGAUAUCCUUGUCAACAAUGCUGGACUGGUAUUCGGCACCGAAAAAGUCGGAGAGAUCAACGCCGACGAGGUCGACGUCAUGAUCCAAACUAAUGUAACUGCACUGAUCCAUCUGACUCAAAUUUUCGUUCGAGAGUUCAAGAAGAGGCAAAGAGGCCAUGUGAUCAACCUCGGCUCCAUCGCUGGCCGCGAAGCAUAUCCCGGUGGAUCUAUCUAUUGCGCCACGAAGUUCGCAGUGAAGGCAUUCACUUCCGCACUCAUGAAGGAGCUGGUGGACACGCCGAUCAGGGUGACGUGCAUCGAUCCGGGCAUGGUGAACACUGAAUUCUCGACCGUGCGCUUCCGAGGUGACAAGGCAACGGCAGAUAAGGUGUACGAGGGCCUGCAGCCGCUGACGGGCCAAGACAUCGCUGAGGAGAUCGUCUGGGCUGCCAAUAGGCCUGAACAUGUCAACAUUGCCGAGAGCCUGAUCUUUCCUGUCAACCAAGCCUCGCCGUACCACAACCACCGACCCAACCUCAAAAAGUGAGCGCUGCUUUCUUGCUGAAGCCGAGUGCGAUACCUGGGAUAAUCUAGGGAGCGACUUUGCGAUCUCCAAUUACGUGGCGAGAGGAUUUGUAUGUAGCAUGUAUAUCCAACAGCAUCUCACAGUACAGCGAG